AUGGAGGAUGAAGAGAACACAACGAGCAGAAUGGAGAAGGUGAAGCUCGAGGAUGCCGUCGAGAAUGGCGCGCACUUGGAAUCUGCCGCGAGAGGCUCUACCUCAACCCCAAAGCUUCGGAAUAGCGAAACCCCCUCGCCAAGCUCCAUGGACGGCACGAAAUCGCAGAGCGAAAGCGUCGGCACCCCCAGCUCAACCACCAGGCCUGCGCGGUUGUCGCGCAAGUCGUCACAGAAGCCGCCCGCUCGCGAGGUCCCGCUAUACUCCCACCUCCCAAGCGUAACCGAGGAAUCAUGCACAACUUUCCAGGUUAUCCCCGACUGUCUCUAUGGAUCGAGGAAUUUGGGCUCGACCGACAACGACUCCCUGGACUGCGACUGCAGAGAAGAAUGGCGGGAUGGCGAAAAUUUUGCUUGUGGCGAGGAGUCGGACUGCAUCAACCGUGCGACCAAGAUGGAGUGUAGCGCUAAUGCAGGAAACUGUGGCGGCGGUUGCCAGAAUCGGCGCUUUCAGCGCAAGCAGUAUGCAGACGUGACGGUAAUCAAGACCGAGAAGAAGGGCUUUGGCCUUCGCACCAAUGCGAUGCUCGAGCCAAAUGAUUUCAUCUACGAGUAUAUUGGAGAGGUCAUCAAUGAACCCACAUUUCGGCGGCGGAUGCUUCAGUAUGACGAGGAGGGCAUCAAGCACUUCUAUUUCAUGUCGCUCAACAAAAACGAAUUCGUAGACGCCACGAAAAAGGGAAACCUAGGCCGAUUUUGCAAUCAUUCGUGCAAUCCCAACUGUUUUGUUGACAAAUGGGUCGUCGGCGACAAGCUUCGCAUGGGAAUUUUUGCUCUGCGUAAGAUCCAGGCGGGCGAAGAGCUUGUAUUCAAUUACAAUGUCGAUCGCUACGGCGCGGAGCCUCAGCCCUGUUAUUGCGGAGAAACGAACUGCGUUGGCUUCAUUGGAGGGAAAACGCAGACGGAGCGCGCCACCAAACUACCUACUGCCACCGUCGAGGCUCUGGGUAUCGAUGCUACCGACGGCUGGGAUACCCAGGUACCCAAGAAGCCCCGGAAGAAGCGUCCCGAUGAGGAUGACGAGGAGUAUGUCAACAGCAUACAGCCCCGAAGCUUGGAUGAUGACGAUGCUCGCAAGGUCAUGGCUACGUUGAUGCAGUGCAAGGAGAAGUGGAUUGCGGUUAAGCUGCUGGAGCGAAUACAACGCUGUGACGAAGAGCGCGUCAUUCACUCCGUGAUGCGCAUGCACGCAUACCAAAUCCUCAAAACAACUCUCAACACAUUCAUCGACGAUCGCAACGUGGUCUUACAGAUUUUGGCCAUCUUGGACAAAUUCCCACGAUUAACAAGGAACAAGAUCCAAGACUCCAAUAUUGAGGCGACAAUCCAGACCCUAUCUCAGUCCGAGCAUGAAGAUGUCUCCUCCCAGUCCAAGAAACUGCUGGAAGAAUGGAGUAAACUCGAGGUCGCCUAUCGAAUACGACGGCGCAAGGUUGAUCCCAACGCACCGACACAAAACAUCUUCGAAGAGCGAAGAGGGCAGGCUCGGGAAGAGGAGGCAGCGGCGGCAGCGGGCUCUCAGUCGACCCCCAAGACCGCCUCUCCGCGACCCAUUGACGCUCCCAAGGGACCGCGAAGCAAUGUGCCACAAAGGAAUAACUCAUAUUUCAACAAUGGCCAUCGUCAACGUAGACCGUUUCACAAUGCCCUGCCUGUAGGGUGGUUUGCCGCCAAGGAUGCGAAUGGUAACACGUAUUUCUAUAACAAGCAGGGCAAGUCAACUUGGGAGCGGCCAACGCAGCCGGCUGCGGAGCAGACACCAAAAGCCCCAUCCAAGGCCAUCCAAGAGCAGCUUCUCAUUCAAAGCAUUAUUGACAAGGUAACCAAAGAGGGCACACCCAAGCAGCCUGCUUCACAGACUCCGGCACCAGCCGAAGCCUCUCCAAAGGAGCCCAGGAAGGAAAAGUGGCGGGCUCUGCCGAUCGAGAAGCAAAUGAAACUCUACGAACACACAGUAUAUCCUCCUGUGAAGCACGUAUUAGACAAAUUUCGGCAUAAGCUUCCCAAGGAAGAACUGAAGAGGCUUGGAAAGGAUGUUGCAAAGAAGCUGGUUGCAUCUGAUUACAAGAAUAACCGCGUUAGUGACCCUGCUGCGCCUCUCACCGAAAAGCAAGAGCGAAACAUCAAAAAAUACGUCAAGGACUUUUUGGACCGUGCAGUUGCCAAGUAUGAAGCACACCAUAGAAAGAGGACGUCUGAGACCGCCAAGAAGAGCGCGGGCGGCGAGCAGGCUACUAAUGGCAAGCCGGCCUCUGGAGCAGACAAGCCUGGUGAAAGCCCAGACUCUUCUCAAGAGAGAGAAGCUACUGCAGAGGAUAUUGUUCUUAGUGAUAUGGAAGAAGAGUCGCCUGACGGCGCUGCUGACCGUAAACGGAAGCGAGAUGCUGAGGUUGCUGUGGCCUCUGUAGACUCGCCACUAGAUGGACCUGAGAUGAAGAGAUUGAAAGAGGAUGACCCAGAUGGGGCUACUCCCCCGCCGCCGCCGCCGCCUCCUCCAGAGAACCCUGGUGCAGCCCGCACAGAGGAGGCGCAGGCUUUGCUUGAGCAAGAAGAGGCCUUGGUACGAGAGAAUGAGGAGGCACAGAGGCUUGAUGAAGAAGAGCAAGCCCGGAAGAAGGCCGUGGCCCGGCCAAACUCAGAUGACCCAGCCGGACAACAGACGUCUAUGGACGAACAUGGCAACGCCCUACAAAAAGAACUGUUAAGCCAUUAA